AUGCCCCGCUACUAUGAGGGCAAGCCAGAGGGCGGCGCGUGCGCCGGCUUGAAGGAGGACCUGGGCUUAUGUCUGUUGCAGUCGGACUGUGUGUUGCAGGAAGGAAAAUCUCUUCGACAGUGUUUGAAGGAAGGAAACUGCAAAGCUUUGAAAUACUCCUUUUUUGAAUGUAAAAGGUCAAUGUUGGAUAACAGAUCACGAUUCAGAGGAAGAAAAGGAUAUUGA